GUGGAAGAGGAAAUUCUGAAUAUAUCUGGUAAAUGGACGUUAUGAGGAAUAAUUGACUGUUAAGAAUUAAUGUACUAUGAACCGUUUGGAUGAUCCUCCGAGUCUCAUGAAAGGCAGAAAACCAUCUUUCAUUGGAAUGAACGGAGGUCCAGAAACUGACGAGCAACAACGUUUAAGAUUUCAGGUUGAACUAGAAUUUGUUCAAUGUCUUGCUAAUCCAAACUAUUUGAAUUUUCUAGCACAACGUGGUUACUUUAAGGAUGCAACAUUUAUAAAUUAUCUCAAAUACCUGUUAUAUUGGAAGGAACCUGAGUACGCAAAAUAUUUAAAAUAUCCUAUGUGUUUGUAUUUCCUAGAUUUAUUGCAAUACGAACACUUUAGAAGAGAAGUAGUAAACUCUCAGUGUACGAAAUUUAUAGAUGAUCAACAAAUAUUAUUAUGGCAACAUUAUACCAGACGUAGGACAAGACUAUUACAAGCUGCUGCUGAACAAACACAGCAUGUAAAUCCUCAAAACAAUGGUAUUGUACAACCUAAAGUUCCUUGAGUAAUAUAUGCAAAAAAACAGUAUUAAAUGGGUCCAUAAAAUCUGUGACACCACAUAAGAUUAUUUCUAUAAUAUAGUUCCUUAUCAGAAUUGUUUUAUGUGUUAUGUUUUUUGACUGUGAUAAAUCACAAAUAAAGUA